AGUAUGCUCAGACUUCAAAAGAGGCUUGCCUCCAGCGUGCUGCGCUGCGGCAAGAAAAAAGUAUGGCUGGAUCCAAAUGAAACCAAUGAGAUUGCCAAUGCCAACUCCCGUCAGCAAAUCCGAAAGCUGGUUAAGGAUGGUCUGAUUAUCCGCAAACCAGUAACUGUUCAUUCUCGUGCUCGCUGCCGCAAGAACACUCUUGCACGUAGGAAGGGCAGACACAUGGGCAUUGGUAAGAGAAAGGGUACUGCCAAUGCUCGUAUGCCUGAGAAGUUGGCCUGGAUGAGGAGAAUGCGCAUUCUUCGCCGCCUGCUCCGCCGUUACCGUGAGUCCAAGAAAAUUGACAGGCACAUGUACCACAGCCUGUACCUGAAAGUCAAGGGAAAUGUGUUUAAGAACAAGCGUAUUCUCAUGGAGCACAUCCACAAACUGAAGGCAGACAAGGCUCGCAAGAAGCUGUUGGCUGACCAGGCAGAAGCUCGCAGAUCCAAGACAAAGGAGGCAAGGAAACGCCGUGAAGAGAGACUUCAGGCCAAGAAAGAGGAAAUAAUCAAGACACUCUCAAAGGAAGAGGAAUCAAGCAAAAAAUAA